AUGGUGGCCAAGAAUUUGAUAGUUUUUAGUGUUUGUGUUGUGGGUUUGUUGGCUUUUUUUGGUGAAUUUGAAUUAGGAGGGAGUGAAGAAGACGUGUACAAGAGGAAUUUUAUUACUUGGGAUGAUGUGAAGGUGGAUGAAAAUAAGGUGAGGAUGGGUUUGAGUGAUGAAGACGAUGAUUAUUAUCAAAGUGGGGUUAUUCUGGUUGUCAAGAAUGGAAUGGGUGAUUCAGUCACAGUUCAAGGUGCAGUUGAUAUGGUUCCCCAAUACAAUUCUCAGAGAGUUAAAAUUUACAUUCUUCCUGGAAUUUACAGAGAGAAGGUACUCAUUCCAAUCACCAAGCCAUACAUAUCAUUCAUUGGAGAUCAAAAUCGAGCGUCAGAAACCGUAAUUACUUGGAAUAACAAAGCCUCCGAUAAAGAUGAGCAUGGGCAUGAACUGGGUACCUCUAGAUCAGCUUCUGUCACAGUUGAAUCCGAUUACUUCUGUGCUACUGGACUCACCUUCCAGAAUAGUAUAGUUGCAAAGGCUGGAGACAAUGGAAGGCAAGCAGUAGCAUUGAGAAUAGCUGGUAAUAAAGCCAUGUUCUAUAAAGUGAGGAUUUUGGGGUCUCAAGACACACUUUUAGAUGACUAUGGAUCACAUUAUUUCUACCACUCUUACAUUGAAGGAGCCAUUGAUUUCAUAUUUGGCUCAUCAAGAUCGCUCUAUCAGGAUUGUGUUCUUCACUCAACUGCAAAAACCUUUGGAGCAAUUGCAGCUCAUAGAAGGGAUUCAGCAAAUGAUGAUACAGGAUUCUCUUUUGUAAACUGUACAAUCAAUGGAACUGGUACUCUUUACUUGGGAAGAGCUUGGGGAAACUACUCAAGAACAAUAUAUUCAUAUUGUGAUAUAGACAAUAUCAUAACUCCAUCUGGAUGGACUGAUUGGGAUAACCCAUCCAGGCAAAGGAGUGCAGUAUUUGGUGAAUACAAGUGCAGAGGCAGAGGAGCUAAUAGAAGGGAUAGAGUGCCUUGGUUGAAGUCUUUCAGUUAUGAGGAAGUAAAACCUUUUCUAGAUAGGACGUUCAUAGGUGGAGAGCAGUGGCUGAGACUAUAGUAACAUUUUCAUGUGUCCUGUUGCUUAUGAAUG